UUGGCACGAGGUGGAAAUGCAGGGCUUCAAAUUUCACACAAUACCCCCCUAUCCAGAAGAUCUGCGAUUUGCCUUCUCGCCGAUCCCUCGCACCCUGUCACCUUUUGCAUAACCGCACGGACUUGAACCGGCUGUCGACACCAUGAGAUCCGUUUACAUCGGCCUAGCAGCUGCCCUGUGCUGGACCGGCGCCCUGAGCGCCAGCCCGGCCGGGGUGAAGGGGGAUGCCGAUGUGGCAAUGAUGGCCGGCCGACGCCGCCUUACGAGGUCCAGCGGCAGAUACCGCAGCGAGUUUGCGGAGCUUGGUGCGCGUCAGGGGGACCAACAGUGCGGAGCCGAAUUCGGGAGAUGCCCUGGCGAUCUCUGCUGUUCCAGCUACGGUUUCUGCGGAGACUCGGUCGACCACUGCCACCCGCUCUUUGACUGCCAGGCACAAUACGGCACGUGUGGGUGGCCGAGAGUGGUCCCGACGACGACCGCCCGCCCUACCACGAGCUCGACUCCAGUCCCUCCUACGACAACCCCAAGCUCCACUUCGGUCAGACCACCCACGACGUCCACAUCUGUCACAAUUCCGGUCCCGACGGGGGAUCUUGACGUCACCCAGGACGGCAUGUGCGGCAACAACACCAUGUGCAUCGGCAACCCCAACUUCGGACCUUGCUGCUCUCAAUUCUUCUGGUGCGGCUCUUCCCUCGAAUUCUGCGGUGCCGGUUGCCAGAGCGACUUUGGCGCAUGUCUUGGUAUCCCAGGCAUUCCCGGCGGCCCCAUCACCAACGGCACCACCACAUCCGGCGGCAGCGGACCUACCUCCAGCCCCCCCACGACACCGACCUCCACGAGAGUUAGCACCACCACCACCACCACUUCUAGGACGACGUCCUCUUCGCCUGCUGUUACACUCCCAGCCGGCCAAACGUCCAGCACCGACGGCAGAUGCGGUAACAACGUGAACUGUCUUGGGUCGAGAUUCGGGCGGUGUUGUAGCCAGUUUGGGUACUGCGGUGAUGGUGACCAGUACUGUCCGUACAUUGUUGGCUGUCAACCUCAAUUUGGGUACUGUGACCCGCAGUAGGUGUUGGGG